CCCACUUAAUCCUUUUCAAUUCUUUAAUAAAAAAUUACAAUCUAUUAGCUCUAGAAAUUAACAAUUUCAAAGGGUACAAAAUGCAACCAAAUGACUUCCCAAGGGAUACCUAACACAUCUACAACACAAUAAAAUUUUGUUUCCAAGGGUUAAAUUUUGAGAAAUUGGAACAAACAUAACCUAAUUUUUGGGGAAAAAAUGACGAAAUAAAGGCAGGUUUGGUCCAAAAGAUGCAGCCCCAUUAAUACACUUGAUGAUCUCAUCUACUCCCUCCAUCAAAAUCUAUCUUCUCCAUCACUCCCUCCACCUUCUUCAACCAUUUUUCUUCCUUUUGCAGACAACCAAACACCCCCUAUUUCUCCCUCCUUUAUCUUUUUCACUCUCACUCAAAUUUAUUCGACAAACCCUAAAACCCCCACUUUAAUUUCAUCGAAGAUUUCCCAAAUCUUCAAACAAAUGAAUCAAAGAUCAUAAGUUUAUCAAAUGAAAUCGUUAAUUCUUUUCAAAUUUUAAAUCUUUUCUUAAAGCCCAUCAAAAAGAUCCAAUAUUUUCUUCUAAAUUUUUCUCAAAUGAUCAGAAUGUUGCAGUCUCACUACAUUUUAAUCUUUUCUCUCCUAUUUUCUCUUCCCAUAAUUUUCUUCUUUGCUCCUCAUUUUAUUUCCCCUCAUCCUAGACAACUACCAAUUCCUCUUCCUGAUGAACUCGAUGAUCUUUCCCUUUUUAAUCAUGCUGUUUCCUCUUCAAUUUCAUCUAAAAAAGCUUUCACCUUUGCCAAAUUAGGGUCUCAUAACCCUACUUUAAAGAUUGCCUUUCUAUUUCUUACCAAUACUGAUCUUUUCUUUGCACCUUUGUGGGACCAAUUCUUCAAUUCUACUUCAUCAAAAUUCUACAACAUCUACAUUCAUGCUGAUCCAGAUUCUCACAUCAAAGACCCAGGUGGGAUUUUUAAAGGAAAAUUUAUCCCAAGUAAGCAUACUGAAAGAUCUUCUGCUACUUUAAUUUCUGCUGCUAAGAGAUUAAUGGCUACUGCAAUUUUAGAUGAUCCAUUAAAUUUUUACUUUGCUUUGGUUUCUCAAUCUUGUAUACCAUUGCAUUCCUUUGAUUAUGUGUAUAAAACCCUCAUGGGUAGUAGUAGUAAUGGUUUCGGAUUUCACCGCGAAAGGCAUAAAAGUUUUAUUGAGAUUCUUGAUCAUGAAAGUACUCUUCCUUCAAGGUAUGUUGCUAGAGGGAAGAAUGUGAUGAUGCCUGAAGUUCCCUUUGAGGAAUUCAGAGUUGGGUCUCAGUUUUUUGUGUUGAAUAAGAAGCAUGCUUUAAUGGUUUUAAAAGAUAGAAAAUUGUGGAGGAAAUUUAGACUUCCAUGCUUUAAGAUUGAAUCAUGUUAUCCUGAAGAGCAUUAUUUCCCUACAUUGUUGUCAAUGCAAGAUCUUAAUGGAUGUACUAAGUAUACUGUUACAAGGGUGAAUUGGACUGAAUCUGUUAAUGGACACCCCCAUAUGUAUAGCCCACCAGAUGUGUUUCCUGAGCUGAUCUAUACUCUCAGGCAGUCUAAUUAUAGCCAUGAUUACUUGUUUGCGAGGAAGUUUUCACCGGAUUCUUUGAAGCCUUUGAUGGAUAUGGCUGAUAGUGUUAUCUUCAAUGACUGAAUAUUUUGCUUGUAGUUUGUGGCUUAUCAUUUUCAGGUAUUUAAUUUCUUUUCGCUCGAAGUAGGAGAGAAUUUGUUGAAGCAAACUUUCCUAUGAAGCGUUCCCUCGAGCCUUCUGUUGCAAACUACCUUAAAGUCGGUCAAACUCUAAAACCGCCUGCCAACAUUCAAAUAAAACUGCAGUAUGUUGGUUGAGAACUCUCUUCAAUUGUACCAUACCACGACUGUCGGAGCUAGUUUGAUGUACUUUUGUUAGCAUUGCUAGUUUAUUAUGUACAUAUAUAUGCCUUUGUACCAUAUCAUAUCAAGUACAAGUAGCAUGAUUAUAUGAUGAGGACGAACGGGGUUAUCGAGCUUUGUUGAUAUGUAUUCGGAUUUGAACUCCCCUUGCUCAUCAAUAAAGGGUUAGAGUCUAUUUCAUUUUUUUAUUUUUAUCGGGAAAUGGCUAGAGAAUCCUAUUGUAGAUCGUGAGAAUCGAAUUUCUAUCACAAGGAUAAAAGCGAAAGCAAAAUCAGAUUCUCUGGUGUCUAUCAUCCUAUUUAGGGCUGUAAAAACGGGUUAAAAGGUCGGAAACAGGUCGGUCAAAAACAGGUUCGGUAAAAAACGGUCGGUCAAAAGCAGGUCGUAUAAGUCUUUCGGUACCGGUCGGUAUCGGUCGGUUUAUUCGGUAUCCGGUCGAAUCCGGUUUUUUUCCUUGGCGGGUGUCGGUCGGUAUGGGUCCGGUAUUUAUCGGUCCGGUCAUUACCGGAAACAGGUCACAUUCGGUCGGUCAAAAACGGUUUUUUGCAGGUCGUAAUCGGUAUACAGAUCAUAACCGGGCGGUCAAAAUCGGUAAUCGGUCGGUCACAAUCGAUAUGCGGGUCAGAAUCGGUUGGUCACAAUCGGUCGGUUUUGGUCGGUAUCGGUUCAGUUCAAUUUAGUUGAACCGGGAUUCAGUUCUGUUCAGUUCAGUUUUGGUUGGUAUCGGUUCGAUUCAAUUCAGUUAAACCGAUAUUCCGGUUAAUUUGGUUGAUAUCGGUUCAGUUCAAUUCAUUUAAACCAUGAUUUAAUUCAGUUCAAUUAUGUUCCAAUUAUUCUGUUCCAAUUUGGUAAAAAAUCGCAUCGUGUUGCCUCAUAAUGUCAUUGAUCAUGCGUUUAUCCAUGAUGGGAAUGAUAUAUAGAAGGUGGAACCUCACAUCAAGUUUUAUAGAUGUCGUUAGGUUAUGAGUUUUAUG